UACUGCGCUCACGUAGUAAGCAAUGCUAGCUAGUUGGCUAAUCUUUUAAAAAGGAAAAUAUCAUAACUUACCUGUUAUCCAUUAGCUGUUCAGUUUUCUAGGUAGCAAUGGAUAAACAACAGUUACCGAGAACAGAAGCUCAAGGCUUCAGACUACCCCUUUCCUCUUUGCGUCUUCUGGUUCCACCUUUGCACCUGAUGUCUGCAUUUAUGUGGCAAGUUCUACAACAGAAAAAUGUACUGCAUUAUGGGAAACUGGAGGAGUUUGUGUCCAUGGUUACAGAAAAUGUUCCACAAUUGAUGAGUUACAGACAAAGAGCACAGCUCAUACUGGGUUUGAGGGCGAGGAUGAUCUUAGAGAUGUUACGAGGCCCAGUGGAUGUAAAAGUCAUCAUCCAAGCUCACUUGGACAGAAUGGGACUUCCUGCUGUUCCAGCUGGAUGCUCAGUAGACAUAGAUUCUGAUUUGGAGCUCUCAGUGGCUAACUUCAAGGCACUGGUGCUUGAACUGCUAAAGGACCCAGCAGAAAAAGCUUAUUUCUUCCAGGCAGUGUUUCCUGUGCAGUACGGACCGCGGUAUGACACAGCACUCAAGGAACUAAUGUGGGAACUACUGUCCUGUCUGGAGAGGUUGCUUCCUGUUCCAGACUUUAAAAAGACGCUGUCUUGGCUCACUCCUGCCCCUGCUGGCCUGGAUGAAUGCAUAGAAUCAGAACCAAAAUAUUUGCAAGAACUGCUACAGCAACAUAAAGUCAUCAGUAAUGUGGACAAUCAGUACUGGAGUAAAGGUUCCAAACUAGGGACUGCACUGUCCAUAUCAGGGGACUGCAUCCUUUCCAGCCUCUCUAUCCCUCCAUCGACGCAUGUUGUGGUUCCUGCAGAGCCCACUGUCUACCACAUGCAGCCUACCACUGUGACUAUCUUGAGCCAGGGUACCCUGGGCCAGCUGGGCUCUGAGGCCAUCAUUGUGACCGACUAUGCUGAGGUGGAGCUGAGCACCAAUGAUGUGUUGGAGGAGGUGUCAGAGGCUGCUCAUGGAGGCGUGGAGGACCCGGCAGCGAAAGGCGCAGUAAAUGUGGAGAGCAGAUCUGUGGUGGCGAUCCUCACUGAGGGAGGCACCUUAGGUGAGGAGGACGAGAUGAUGGCCAUGAAUCAGCAAGUAGAACUUGGGGAAGAAAUGAAGAAAGCUCUCUGUGAGAAAUCAGUUCAGUGUGACCUUAGAAUGGAAUUUCCAAGAGAUGGAGGAGGAUUACUAUCCCCGAGUUGUCUGGGAGCAGCCGAGAGCUCAGAAAACGACGAAAGCGUCAGAACUGAUAUGGAAAGACAAAGUGAAAUUAUUGGACAGAAAGACAUAAUGCACACUGCUGAUGCUAGCCUUGGGGCUAGUGGACAAGCUAACUGCACUCUUAGUGGAAAUAAGAGCUUGUCUGAAGCAGGCACGGGCCAGGUGCUGCCGCCCCGACGGGGGCGUGGCAGACCAAGGAAGAACACAGUUGCGCCAAAGGUGGUGCAGCCUGGGAGGCGAAGAGGGCGGCCUCCAACAGUCAAAGCAGAGAAAGAGAAAAACGAAGAGGAUAUUGGAGAAAAAUCAGAUGGAAAACCCAGCAAACCAGAGGCAGGACAGAACGGCAUGGAAACCACACUGCUAAAUAAUGACCGUUGUCCCACAACAACAAAGUCCUGCAAGACUGAAACCAUAGAAAACCCCCGUGCUCGAUACCUAUGCAACACAUGCGGGCGGAAGUUCACACGCACGUCAGACGUGCGCCGGCACCAGCUGACCCACACUGGCGAGCGGCCCUUCCACUGCACACAAUGCGCGAAGACCUUCCAGCAUGCGUGGGACCUAACCAAGCACUGCCGCAAGUUCCACGGUGAGGCCACCUUCUCAUGUCGCCUGUGCACGGGCAGCUUUGUCAACCUGCGCACCCUCACAGCGCACCACAAGAAGAGCCAUACCAGCGAGCUGCCCCACUACUGCUCUAUCUGCGGUGAGGCAAGUUCGAGUGCCGUUGCGCUGGCGGCACAUCGAAGGACGCACAGUGUCACACAGCAGUACCGCUGUGAGCAGUGUGGCGAGGGCUUCGACACGCUACUGCAGCGAUCCGCGCACCGCCAAAGCCACCGGCGCCACCGCAAGUUCAAGUGCCCGCAGUGCGACAAGACAUACUCGCGGCGAGCUGAUGUCAAGCGGCACCUGCUGAGCCACACGGGUGAGCGGCCGCACCAGUGCGCCCUCUGCGGGAAGAGUUUCGCACUGCGCUCGGGCCUGCAGAAGCACCACAUGACGCACACGGGCGAGCGGCCGUACCGCUGCCCACACUGCCCAAAAGCCUUCAACCUGAUCUCCAUUCUGCACCGCCAUGAGCGUAUGCACACGGGCGAGCGUCCAUUCCUAUGCUCCCAGUGCGGCAAGCGCUUCCUCUCACUAGGCGAGCUCCUCAAGCACGACAAGUCGCACACGGACGAGAGGCCACAUGCCUGCAGCCAGUGCCACAAGCGCUUCAAGUCCAAGCGUGCGCUGCGGGAGCACGCGCUCAGUCACACGGGCGCACGACCCUAUGCCUGCUCUUACUGUAGCAAGAGGUUCACGAAGCCAUUUGCUCUCAACCGCCACCAUCUGAUGCACACCGGCGAGCGGCCCUUCUCCUGUGCACACUGCGCAAAGACCUUCCUUACAGCCACGGAAGUGGCGCUGCACGAGCGGGUACACACAGGCGAGCGGCCCUACGCCUGCCCCACCUGCCCAUGGCGUUUCCGCAGCUCCUCGGAGUUGGCCAGGCACCGGCGCACACACACGCAGGCCAGAGCACAUGCCUGCGGCUACUGCUCGAAAACCUACACGAGUGCCGCUAAGCUUAAGAGCCACGCACGCAUCCAUGCUGCGCAGGACAAUAGCAAGUGCCCAGUUGACAUCAGCCACACGGUGGAAGUGCAUGAGUCCACCCUUCAUGAGAGCGAGGUGGCUGAUGCUCUGUCAUGACACUUGUAAAAACAUGAGCACACGUUAAAUGAAACAUGGACACACAGACAUUCAUUUAAUGCUCUCUUUUUAUAUUACAUCGGUUCAAACUUGAAAUUGUUUUUGUAGUGAUGUAGCAUGUGAUGGAUUCAUUAUAAUGACAGUUCUACAGAUGACACGACAUUUUACCUGAGCAGGUGAAUUGGUAUUCUACAGUUCUUUAUCUGGCAUGACAGGUGUGUUAGGAGCUGGAAGAGAACAAACAUGCAAUAGAAUUGUCUAGAUGUUGGCCACAUGCUCUAGAUUUUCAUCAAAAUUCAAAGAACUACCUUCAUCUGUAACUUGAGUUAUAAAAUGUAGAGGAAGUGUGAAUUUUUAUUUUCACAUUGUUUCAUAUUUCAUACCACUUUUGGUUUGGCUGAAAGUUGUAAAUAAAGGAGCUGG